AUCAAAUAGAAUCCGAAUGUGUUGAAUAGAAUUUGGCGAGUGAGCAAUUCUUGUAUUCGUUGUUGAAAUGAAUUUUUUUGUUUAUAAUUUUACUUUUAACGUGCUUUCGCAAUGUUAAUAAUGAUGAAUCAAUGAUUAUUGAAAAAAAACAACAACAAGAAAAGAAAAGAAAAUCAAUUCAAUUUCAAUUUCGUUUCGAUUCAAAUAAAUAAAUAUGGCACAUUGGUCCGAUUAUUCAUUACGAGGUUGGCUUAGUUUUUUAGCAUUUAUGCAUAUUGGUCUUUGUUUACGUUCAUUUUUUGAUCCAAAUUUUUUAUUUGGUAAAAUAUUUCAUACAAAUAUUCAUAAAGAAACGGUAUUUAUACGUUAUUUUGGUUGUUAUUCAAUUAGUCAGGCAUUCAUAUUGAUACAAUCAGCUAUACAUUUAUAUGUUUUACCAUUACAAACAAUUACAAUAUUUUUACUUAUACUUUUCAUCAUAUUAAUUCUAUUGGAAUCUUUUUAUUAUUGUACAUUGGAUUUUUAUGGUGGAACAUUAUUACCAUUUAUGAUGAGUAUCAUAUCAUUAAUAUGGUUAAUAUUAUUUCAUUUUGUUUGGAAACCAUGGCUUCGUGUUGAAAUUAAUGAAGAUAUUGUUAAAUCUGGUCUAUUACAUUCUGGUCAUCAAAGUCAUCAUCAUAAUAAACGAAAUAAAUCACAACAUCGUUAUCCGGAUAGGAUGUCAUCAUCGAAUCAUAAAUAUGGAAAAAUUCAUUCCGAUUGACAACAAAAAUCUCAUUUUGAAUAUAUCGAUAAACUUCGAAUAUUGGAAAAACAAACAAGUAUUGGUCAUAUUUGGAAAAUACAUUUUAUUGAUCGGUUGUUUGAUAAAACUAACAGGUAUCACAAGGGAAACACAUUAUUGAUUUGUUUCAUUGAUAACAAUGUUUAACUGACUGAGAAACCCGAAUUCGAUCUCAUUUUUCACUGAUCAAUCAAUCAAUCUUUUUUUCCUUCCCCCCAUCCUUUUUACAAGGAAUUCAAA